AUGCCGCGGAAGACAAUACGUAAACCCGGUACUAGGACGUACCAAAAUUAUAGUCAUAAUACUUUAGAAACGUGCUUAAGGGCAAUACGAUUAAAGUUAAUGUCCCAACGUGCAGCUUCAGACCACUAUAAAAUACCCAGAUCAACUAUUAAAAUUAAAUUAAAAAAAUACCACGGUAAAAGCGUUGGCCAUUCGACAGUCUUCAGCCGUGAAGAAGAAUUAUGUUUUGCCCAGCACUGUGUUACAUUUGCUAAUUUCGAAUUUCCAUUAAUACCUAUUGACCUUAAAAUGACUAUAUGUCGGUAUUUGGAUAGCAAAGGUACUCAAGUACCACAAUUCAAAAAUAAUAUACCACAAGAUGAUUGGGUCAACAGUUCUCUAAAAAGACACCCAGAAGAAAAUAAAAAUUGUGGACUGAACGAAGAUUUGGUCGGACAGGCGUUCUUAGAUCGUCUUUAA